AGCUGAUGAAGCAGGCCAGAUGUGGUGUCCCUGACGUCGGGGAGUACAAUCACUUCCCUCGUCACCUCAAAUGGCAAAACAACAAUGUCACAUUCAGGAUAGUGAAUUAUACGCCAGAUCUGAAGAAGUCUGAUGUAGACAGAGCCAUCCGCCAUGCACUGAACGUUUGGUCUGAUGUCACCCCUCUUAUCUUUAAGAAGCUGUAUAAAGGCACUGCUGACAUUAUGAUCAGUUUUGGAGAAAAAGAGCAUGGAGAUUAUAACCCUUUUGAUGGGCCUAAUGGAUUGCUCGCUCAUGCCUACCCACCCGGCCAAGGUCUUGGAGGAGACACUCACUUUGAUGAGGAUGAACAUUGGACAAAAGAUUCAUCAGCUUACAACCUGUUUAUAGUGGCGGCCCAUGAGUUGGGCCACGCCCUUGGUAUGUCCCACUCGGCAGACGCCGGCGCCCUGAUGUACCCCAUCUACUCAUACACUACAGGCUACCCGCUGGCUGAGGAUGACAUUGAAGGCAUUCAAGCUCUCUAUGGCCCAAACCCAAACCCAAGAAAAGUGAAGCCAAAGCCUGAUGCACCAAACAAAUGUGACCCCAUGCUCAGUUUUGAUGCUGUGACCGAGCUUAGAGGGGAAACGAUCAUCUUCAAAGACAGAUUCUACUGGCGUCUCCAUCCUCAGAUGCCGGAGCCUGAGCAAACACUAAUCAAGUCCACGUGGCCCACCAUCCCCAACAAGGUGGAUGCAGCGUACGAGAAUCCAGAGAAGGAUCUUGUUAUCAUAUUUAGUGGGAUUCAGAUGUGGGCUUUGAAUGGAUAUAACCUUGUGAAUGGUUACCCAAAGUACAUACACAAACUUGGUCUUCCCAAGAAAAUAAGAAAAAUAGAUGCAGCCGUGCACAUUGGAGACACAGGGAAAACUCUUCUCUUCACUGAUGAGGAUUAUUGGAGCUAUGAUGAAGCAACAGGCACCAUGGACAGCGGCUACCCACGAUCCAUUGAGGAAGAUUUUCCUGGGAUGGCUGACGAGGUCGACGCAGCUUCUUAUCACCAUGGACUCUUGUAUUUCUUCCAUGAACACAUACAGUAUGAGUACAGUUACAACUACAGGAAGGUCAUUCGCAUCAUGAGGACCAACUCCUUUCUUAACUGCUGAUGAGCUGGUCUGCAAACGACAGUGAUGGCAUGAAAAAAAUGUUGCAUCAUGGGACAAAACACAUUUUCACAAUAAACAAAAUACUCAAAUGUUAACCAUGGAACAUAGGAAGAUGCAGUUUAUUGAAUAAGCAGGGAAAUGGAGACCUGCAGGGUUGACCUGAUACAGUCAAAGUUUAUUUUUUACUAGUGCUGGA